CUUAAGGAGGAAGUGACGUCAUCGUUGAUUAGCAUCUCCGUUAGCCGUGCUGCUCUCUCCUUGUUUGACCUAACUUGCGAUUCUCUACUAAUGGAUUCCUACUUGGUGUAUAUACUGUGGUAUAUCCUACCAUUGUAUUUACUUAUCCAUUUGCUGUGCUUCAUCUUCGCGGAUGCAGACUUCACUUUGCUGCGAGCGAGCUUAAUGGGACACAGACCAGAGUCUAAACUGAAAGGACUUGUGGUUUGGGUUACUGGAGCCUCCAGCGGGAUCGGAGAAGAGCUGGCCUAUCAGCUGGCAAAGUGUGGCUCCCGUCUGAUUUUGUCUGCUCGCAGGAAGGAUGAACUAAAUAAAGUGAAACAACAUUGCUUAGAGACCUCCAAUCUGAAGGAUGAGGACAUUCUUGUUCUUCCACUUGAUUUGUUGGAAAGGACAUCACACGAGGAAAAAACAAAAGCUGUGAUUCAGCACUUUGGACAAAUCGACAUUCUCAUCAACAAUGGUGGCCGAUCCCAGCGCUCCCUCUGCUUGGAGACCAGUGUCGAUGUGUACCAGGCUUUGAUGGAGCUCAAUUUCCUUGGUACCGUCUCUUUGACUAAGCAGGUGCUGCCUCACAUGACACAAAGAGGCAGAGGGAGCAUCGUGACCGUCAGCAGUGUGGUUGGUCUUGCUGGAGCACCCCUGGCGACCGGAUACUCCGCUAGCAAACAUGCUCUUCAGGGUUUCUUCAAUUCCCUUCGAACUGAGCUCACAGACUUCCCCAAAAUCCUCAUCAGUACAGCAUGUCCUGGGCCUGUGCAGUCACAGAUCGUCAACAAUGCCUUUACAGAGGAACUGAAUAAGCCUGUAACGACGGUUGGUUACCAGGGACAUAAGAUGCCAACCAGUCGCUGUGUGCAUUUAAUGCUGGUGGGAAUUUCCAAUGGGGUGAAGGAAAUGUGGAUCGCCCAGCAACCCUUCCUGGUGUUUUACUACUUGUGGCAGUAUGCACCCUCAUUUGCCUGGUCCGUCACCGACUUGCUGGGAAGGAAAAGAGUGCAGAAUUUCAAAGCUGGGGUGGAUGCAGACUCUGCAUACUUCAGGAAACCAAAGACCUCCUGAAAAACCUCAUUUUUCAAGACCAAAGGUGUUUAUUACAUUCCUACGGUAGAUGUUUUCUAAAAAUAAAAUUACUACUGCUUUAAGAGCACAGUGCCCAUCUUUCAUUUUAAAUAAAAAAAUAAAUUAAAUAAAAAGUACUAUUGUACACGGAUCAUAACACAAACUUAAGACAAAUGAUCAAAACUUAUUUUUAGAAAAUUACAUCUUACCCAAAAUAAAACACUUAUUUAUGGAUCAAAGUUUGGUUGAACAAAUCAGACCAGGUGUGCAUUUGCCACGCUUUUUUUUUUAUUACAAGUUGAACCAGUUACACAUAAAAAACUAUUAUAUACAAUAAACUUAACUAUUCCUCCUUAACUGUAAACAAUUGAACUGUAAACCAAACAAUAGCAAUAAACGGCAUACACAUACAAAAAUACAUACUCAAGGCACACCCUUGAUAUUCUUAACAAAACAUUAAAAGUCCCUUUUGUAUGGACAUGGGAGAUAUACAAGGGGAAAAGAAAACACAAAAGUGUAGCAGGUUCAUCUCAAAGGAUAUGGCUAAACGUUCAUUAUUUUUAUUAAAGCACAACCAUUAACAAACUACGUAAUAUUUUAACUUUAGUGAUGACCUAAAUAACAUGUUUAAACAACGAAAUGUUUUUUUUUGUUUAAAUAAACUUUGAAACUUUUGUAACUUCUUUGA